GUUUUAAGCUCAAAGAUUUAGAGAACUACAGACUUGGCCACUUCUGGCCUUCACUGACUUUCUUUCCUGUUGUAAAGUUGUUUUUGAUUUUUCCAAUGGCUCAAAAAUUCAUCCUCCUGUUUGUCCUUUGGCUAGUUGUAGCCAUUUUUGCAAGAGCAGAAGGUCAAACUGAUGCAACAGACAGUCCAGCUACUGAAAUAACAAGCGAAGUGACAACAGGCGAAGUGACAACAGGCGAAGUGACAACAGGCGAUGCAACUACUGCACUAACAACUUCAUUUAACGAUCCCUGCAAUUCAAACCCCUGUGGCACUGGAAGCACCUGUGAGGCUCGUUUUGAUGAUUAUGUAUGCUUGUGCCUGGCUGGUGAUUCCUACAACAAUGUUUCAAACAGUUGUGAACGUUCCAAGGUUUUCCCUGGAAAACUUAAAGUGAAAAAAGCAUUUAAUGAAAAAAUGAGCGACCCCAAAUCAAAGGAAUUUAAAGAAAUUGAAGAUCUAAUUAUUCCUGAGCUGGACAGAGUUUAUGAAACGACGGCGGGUUACUCCAGAUCUGUAGUGCUGGAACUCCUGUCGAGCACCACUAGUGUGUCAAAGGCAGACCCAGAGGUCAUUGCAGUAGUACAGAUCAUCUUCGAAGCCAGUUCUAAAAUCACAGAAGCUGAUGUUAAAAAGCAGUUUGAUGACAAUAAAUGCGAAACGUGUGUGCUGAGUGAGGCAUCCUUUGAACCUACGAACCUGUGUGAUGACAAUGCCUGUGAUGAAAAAACUACACAGUGCACAUCAGGCAAUGGAACUUACGAGUGUACCUGUAAUGAAGGCUACAUGCAAACAGACUACAGUAAUAGAAUGUGCACUGCUUGCCCCCUUGGGGAAAAAUUGAUUGAAGAUAAUACGUGUGUGAAAUGCUCGUUUGGUUAUUCUGGUUUUAACUGCUCAGAAAACUGGCAGCUCAUUCUGGUAAUCGUGGGCUCUGUGCUUGGAGGACUGCUGCUAAUAGCCAUCAUCCUGCUACCAGUAGUAGCUACCCAAAAAUCAAACAAAAGCUUCAAGAACCACAAAACUGCAGAAAUCGAAAAACCCUGGACGAACCAGAGUUCUGCCUCACAACCAAUGGCUAGCAACAAGUUUGGCCACAGCCAGGGAGUCUCAUUUAAUAAGUCAGCUAAUGGCCAUUCAGGUGUUCAGAAUGGUGGGGUGCCCAUGUUCCCACGAGCUGCCAACCCCACCAACAGCUGGGAUAACAGGACCAACCUGGAGAUGAAUCCAAGCAACGGUCGACAAAACUUUGGACAUAUGAACAGUGGCUCACGGAUAUAUGAUGAACCAGAGGACAUACGCCCAUACGCUCAGACUCGACCUCAGAGCAACCCUUAUGCCCAGAAUCUACCCAGGAUGAACCCGUAUGCUCAGAACCAAGGCCACAGCAACCCGCACUACACACACGAUGAUGGAAGACGCUACUAUUAGUACAAAAUCAGAAAGCCUCACUAUGCAAUGUCAAUUUUGAAGGGUUUUGUUGUUAAAUUUGUUUUAUAAUUCCUAUGUAAUGAAUCUUAUUGAAUCUUAUGUGACUGACUAUAGUACAAGCUGUCAUAAACCAAUCUUGUCUGAUCGUGACUACUUUAUAUCAAGUUGGAGACAUGAUUUCGAGGAUUGGUCUCAUUUGUUAUCUGUUUUGGUUAAUUGAAGUUUGAAUUAUUGAAGAGUUGUCUAUUCAAACUGAAUGAGAACCCUGGACACUCAUGUCAAAAUAUAAUGCGAUAACAAGGAGCUUCAUAUUUUUUGCUGUCCGAUUAACGCUUCAUUCAUGUAUGAAUUUAUGUAAAUAUGUAAAAUUUUUAUAAUGAACUGAUACUUGAUGUUUAAUUCACUUUUUGUGAAUGAGACGAGUUUCUUGUAAUAAAAUUAUAAGAACCUGUA